AAAUGGCAGCAAGAAACCAAACAAAAGACCUUAAGUGUGCCACACAUCUCCUGAGUGAUAAGUUCAGAAACAUGACUGAGGAGAAGAAGGCAAUUGUGAGGGAUCUCGGAUUCGGUGGGUUGAUGCACAUCCCACCACUAAGGGUGGAUCACCAACUCUUAAGGGAGCUGGCAAACAACUUCAAACUUGGGGAGAACAGACUGAAGACAGGAUAUGGUUCUUUCCAAAUAACACCAAAAAAAAAGGUCAUGCACUUGGCAUCAAUGCAACAGGAGAUCUAUUUCCUGAGAAAGUUGAGUAUAAGAAACUUUCUGAUGAUGACAAAAUAAUUUAUAGAAGAUUCUAGGGUAAGACCCUCAAAAGUCUUACCGAUGAAAUGAUGGAAAUCGGCGUUGGCAACGAAGAGGAACGCCUGAUGUUCAAGAGGAUAUUCAUCCUCUACAUACAGAUGGCGAUCCUUUUGCCAACGACGAUAAACAAAAUAUCGCCCGUGCACCUGGCCCCAAUUUUUAAGAUGGACGGCAUAUCGGAGAGAAACUGGGGGGGCAUGUUUUGAACUUCAUGGUCAAGGGCAUCACAGACUACCAGGAGAAGAAGAAGAAAUCAAUUAAUGGCUGCCUCUUCGCCCUCAUGAUAAUCUACUUUCAUCUUUCAAAAAACAAAGGCAAGAACAGGACUGAAAGACCACCAAAGUCCUGGAUUGCCAACUGGACUAAGGAGCAGUUGGUGGAAAGAAUGUCUGCAGAAAGAGAGGAAA